CAUUUACGUCGCACACCAUCGAACCUCAACCUCGUUAGCAUCAAUUGAGACCAUCAUCUCAGCUACCGUACCUCCCUCUACGUAACUAGCCCCCUCCGUCCUUCCGUCGCAAUGGCCUCCUUCUUCCGCACUGCCGUCCGCGGCCCCUCCGCCGGCCUCUUCCGCGCCGUCGCCCGCCCCCAGCCCGUCGCCGCCCGCGUCAGCCUUUUCAGCACCUCCAGCCGCUUCCGCUCCGAGCACCACGAGGAGACCUUCGAGGAGUUCACUGCCCGCUACGAGAAGGAGUUUGAUGCCGUUCAGGAUGUUUUCGAGCUUCAGCGCAACCUGAACAACGCUUUCGCUUACGAUCUCGUCCCUUCCCCCUCCGUUCUCGCCGCCGCUCUCAAGGCUGCCCGCCGCGUCAACGACUUCCCCACCGCUGUCCGCGUCUUCGAGGGCAUCAAGGCCAAGGUUGAGAACAAGGGCCAGUACGAGCAGUACCUCGCUGAGCUCAAGCCUCUUCGUGAGGAGCUCGGCAUCACCCUCAAGGAGGACCUCUACCCCGAGGAGGCCAACUAAAUUUAGGACCGUCGUAAUUUAGAAGAUGCCAUAAGAAUCACCAUUCAAACGAUCCAUCAAUUACCCUUCCAGCAUCUUUGGAAGUUGAGAAGAGGGGAAAUGAGAGUAUUGUGGUGAGAGGAGGGGGAGUUUGUGGAAGGGGAAAGCGGAGCGUGUGUGCUUGGAACCUAUGAAUAGGAGAGAGCACUAUACGCUAAUUCCCUGGUACCAUACAUGUUUCUUUGCCUAGAGAACUCCUAUUGCAGGAAAUAAGGGGGUAGUAUAUCCGAAGAGGGCCUUAGAGAGAGGAAUCGAACGAGUUCAACCUGUUUGUCGAGUUGGAUACGAUGACAGUUGGUUGUGUCACGGAUUGUGUUUGGACGAUGAAUAUCUCAUGCCAUGACCGUAGAAAGUAGCAAAAUAGAUGUAUUCGAAAGGCU